UGUUGAAGAGUAAAAGAACUUUUUUGGUAAAAUUAAACUAUUAAAUCAGAUAAGAAUAUAAGAUCAUACGAAAUACUACUACCUGAGGUCUAAAUUACUCGUAACCUUAGGGUAUUAUUUGUGAGAUUAGAUAAGCAAAAAAUUAAGGUACGGAAAAAAGUAACCUUAAAAACCCUCAACGCGUGCGAUUGAAGAUUUUAGAAAGAAGAGUGUAACAACUAGGAGUGCAGCCCUCUCUGGUCAUCGUAUUGCCUUCUUCCUUCAUUUCCCUUUCAAUCUCUCGCAUCUGGUUGACCACUUGAAUCACUAAAGAUGAGAACAAAACGAAAUUCUUUAAUUGGUGAAAGGUAUUGUGGGACUGAAAAGAGGCAGAUGAGCUUAAUUAAGACAGUGCAAGAAAGAGCUGCCAAACUGCAAACUUGUUUGGCACCUUCUUUACCUAAUGAUUUGAUAUUUCAGAUCUUUCUGAAACUUCCAGUUAAAUCUGUUUUGAGGUUUACUUGUGUUUGCAAGGCAUGGUAUAAGCUGAUCCAUUGUGCUGAGUUUGUUUCCGCUUAUAAUUCUCUUGCUCAAAAUACCCCAGUUAUACUCAGAAAAAUUUAUGGUGAAAGAUCGAACACUUUCCAUGCCGAAGCCCAACUCAAUUUAUCCAAAAAUUUUAGUCUCUUCCCUUGCAGCUUGGGGUGUAGACGUCAAAGCAAGUUCAUCUAUUUCUUAGAGAUUAAAAAUGAGAAGGGCGAGCUUCUUGACCUUAAUAUGAGCUGUUAUGGCUCAGUUGUAUCCUCUUGCAAUGGAUUGGUUUUGAUCAUUUCUAAGCAUGAAGCACUUGGAAGGUAUAGAAAUUCAUCUUUGGACCAGCCUUUGGUUGACAGCAAAGAAAACCCAGGGCAAUUGAUUGUGAUGAAUCCUAUGACUAGGAAGUUGAUAGGGUUUCCUCUAGGAACUCUUCCUUUUAAACUUCACGAUGAGUCGUAUGGGCUGGUGUUUAGCCAUUCAAAGCGUGUUUAUAAAGUGGUGCAUUUGUUCAAGGAUAAAUCAGGGUGUAUUUCUUGUGAGAUUUUGAGCUUGCAGACAAGAUCAUGGAAGGCGGUUGAUGGACCAGUUGGAGUAAUUUUUCGUAAUUUUGGCCAAGCACCCAUUCCAACUGUAGGAGCUUUGCACUGGCUUCUUGGUCCUUUUGGUUAUGAUUACAUAAUCUCUAUGAAGGCCGAUGAUGAAAAUUUCUUCAUAACUGACCUUCCAAAGACUAUGGAUAAGUAUGAUAGGCUAGUCGCAAUGGAUGGUUCUUUGAGUUUUGUGAAUGGUUUGGACAAAGACCACAUAGAGUUGUGGAUUUUGAAAGGGUUAGAAGGAACAAAAUGGGUCAAACAACAUACUAUUCUUAUUGAUGCUAGUUUGGGUUUGGAUUAUGUGGUGUAUGGUAAUCUGGAUUAUGAAGAGCAUGUUAAUGUGGGUGAUGAAGGGCAUGGUAAUGAGGAGAUUGAGGGUAAUGAGGAGCAUGGUAAUGAGGAUAACGAGGAACAUGAUAACGUGGAUGACGAGGAUGAUGGGGAGAUUUUGAAUUUGGACAAUGAGCAGCAUGUAAAUGUGGGUGAUGAGAAUAAUGAGGGGUUUGGUUUUGUGGAUAAUGAGUAUUAUUCAUUAUCUUGUUUUGCUUUAAAUACCAAAGAAAUGGUAUUCAAGAGAAGAGAUAAAUUGUUUGCAUAUGAUUUUGAGCUUGAAGAAUUCAGAGAGAUCAGAAUGGACCAUGGAAAAGUUUUGGUACAUGAUACUAUCAUACCUCACGCCAAUAACCUUGCUACCUGGGAACCUCUUGAAUCUAUGUGUUGAGCUUUGAUAAGUUGCCAACACGUUGAAGUUCUAGAAGGCCAGAAGCUCACUAGUAACUGCUAAAUUUAUGUAUUCGAUAUUUGUGACCAUGUUCAUUAUCAUUUAACACAUUGGAUCAGCUUGGUCACUUAAUUAUUUGGUUCUAUGGUGUGCAUUAUGCUGUUACAGUCCACACAAUAGUAAGAUUGCUGUGUAUAUUUGAAAAAAAUUGCCGCAAGUUAUUAGAGUAGUCGAUUUUAUGUAAGAUGUUGGUUAUCUGUUAUGACAUUCAAUGGCUGUAGCAAAUCAUUUUGUAAAUGACAAUUUGACAAUGGAGGAUUCUGUUAAGAAAGUCGGGCUUCAUCUCAAAACCUGAGGAAGUGGAAGAUUGCAAAUAUUAGUACAAAAUUGUACUUGCUUAAAAGGAAGUACACAUUAUUGCUAAUCUUGAUUGAGGUAAGUUAGCUAUAAUUGACAUUAAGGGAAUUGGGGUUAAUUUGAAAACGGGUUACUUUCCCUAAUACUGUUGUGUUCAGGAUUCUGCACACUGCAUCAUUCCGAAUCUAAUCUGGUGCCAGAUGGUUCAAUAUUAAUGUACUAGGUAGAGUAAUAAAAAGGUGGAUUAAUCCAUGACUCAGAAACACAAGUAUCCUUGUUAUAUCACAUUGCUACCGAGCUCUGUUUUCUUCCACGACUAUGAUACUAUCUUUCACGAAGAUCACACACUCAUACAGGGCCUUAGGUCCCUAUCUCGGGGUAGCCAGUCAGGGAAUUUGGGUGGAUAUCGUUAAACUUGACAAAGAUGGUUUCCGAAUUAAGGUAUUCUGGCCUCUGGUGUCCCUGUAUCUGGAAACCAUAUCUGUAGUUCUGUACGCCUUCUAAACUUUCAACUUUCUGAAACACUGGUUAGUCCCCUUCAAUCAGCCACCAGGCAAACAAAAGAAGCUAAAUUUUUUUCAUCCAAGUUUUAUCAACAGUCCACCCCAGACCACAGUUAUAUCGCAAAUGGUUCCUCUUUCUUCAAGCAAUAUGACGAAUUCCUAGACUAAUACAGACACUUG